AUGUAUGGUGAAUCGGAUGUGCGGCUUGUGCACCUGGAGACUGGCGAGGUCGAGGCGCGCACCCGCCUGCCGGGGCACCACUUUGGAGAGGGCCUGGCCAAGCUGGGGGACCGCCUCUACCAGCUGACGUGGGAGCGUCCAGAUGGUUUCAUUUACUCAACGCAGGACGUCCAGAAGGUUGGCACGUUCAAGACACCGCUAAGUGACGGCUGGGGGAUUGCCGAUGACGGCGGCCUGCUGGUGGUCAGUGAUGGCAGCAGCACGCUCAGCUGGCUGGACCCUGGCGAUGGGUUCAGGAGCGUGAGGCAGGUGGUGGUCAGAUCCAACGGCCAGGACGUGAAGUGGCUCAAUGAGUUGGAGGUGGUUGACAGCCAGAUCUGGGCCAACGUCUGGCAAACUGAGUGCAUCGCACGGAUCUGCCCCAAGACUGGCCGCGUGGUGGGCUGGCUGCUGAUGCAGGGCCUUGGGUAUGCCCUGCAGCAGCGGGGACUGCCUAACGGCGGCAAAGCCAUGGAGUUCUUCAACGGCAUCGCAUGGGAUGCGAAGCGGCGGCGGCUGUUUGUCACCGGCAAGUACUGGCCCCGGCUGUUUGAGGUCGUGCCCAGGGCCAUCAAUCCCAACACCAAGCAGAAUCAGCGGCUUGCUGAUACAUGUAUCCUUUAG